UUAUUGGGGAAAAAAAAAACUGUUUAAUGAUAAUCCAUCCAAGGUUUUGUACUGGUCACGUUUUCCUUCCGUCUCAGGUGCUUCUUCCCUUCACGCCCAGGACCCACACCCCACUCCACCCCACCCCAACCCACGGGCAUGUAUGAACACCUAUAGAUACAUGUAUAUAAACACUUGUAUACAUAGAAGUAAUAUGCUAAAGUAUCAAGUCGUUUUUGCUUAAUUUUUGCAGAGUAGAUCAAUCACAAUUAAUCAUCCCAAAAAUUAGAAAUCUUUUAUAAUCUGUUGCAAUGAGGAAAAGGGCCCGACACACAGCACCCAGGGAGGAAUGUAAUUCCGAAGGUUAUAUUAGUUCUUUGCCGGAUGAUAUUCUUGUUUCAAUAAUAUCACGUUUACCGCUUAAGGAAGCUGCAAUUACUAGCAAUGUAUCUAAGCGGUGGAGGUACUUGUGGACACAUUUAGCUACAUUAGAUUUUAAUGCCAAUGACACAUUGGAUAGAAUAGCUGCAAAUCCCAAACUGCGUAGCUCUGAGAGGCCAAAAUACAUUAAUUGGGUGAACCGAGUCGUGAGGCAGCAUAGCGGGUCCACAAUGAAUGCAUUCCGGAUUUGUUUUGAUUUGGACAAGAGUUCUAAGUCUGCAAUCGAUAAUUGGGUUAAGUUUUCAAUUUCGAUGAGGGUUCAGAAGCUUGAGUUGGAUUUGUUGGAAAAUGGGGAAACCCUUCGCCAGCCUUCUCGCAACUAUGUUUUCCCGCACAAGCUUUUGAGCCAAUGUAAAGGGUCUUCACUGAAGCACGUCUGUACAAGUUUUCCUGUAAUGCAGCCUGGUGCAUUAAGUGGGUUGAAGUAUCUUAAAACAUUGUCUUUGAAAUGCGUGAAUGUGAGUGAAGAAGCAUUCGAGUAUUUUCUGUCCAAUUGUCUAGUUCUUCAAUCUCUAUCAAUACACGGCUCGGGGGAUUUGGUGAAUGUGAAAGUUAGCGGCUCAAAGCUUAAGUUGAAGUACCUAGAGAUUGUGUUUUGUUUGGGCUUAGAAUCUAUUGAGAUCUCUAAUGUGAACCUUGUCUCGUUCAGUUAUUUGGGGCCUGGGAUCAAUUUGGUUAUUGAAAAAGUUGCAAUGCUCAACGAGAUCUCCAUUGGUGAGGGGUAUUCUGGGUUGGAAAAUAAUGUUUUUGGCCAGCUUUCUUGCUGUCUGUAUCAGUUAGAGGUUCUUACGUUGGACAUAUAUCGUCCCGAGGAAAACAUAAAGGUUUUUGCUUUCCCUAAGUUACCCAACUUGAAGCAAUUAAUAUUAAAAGUUGGAGCAUGGGACGACGAUAGUCUUCUUGAGUUCAGUUCCCUAAUACAGGCCUGCCCUUAUUUGCAAAGAUUUGUGUUGCAGUUGAUAUGGAUGUCGCCCUCGAAGAGGAGAAGAAAAAUAAGGCAGGCUGCAAAAUUUCCACUUGAGUACCUGAAAAUGGUAGAGAUUGCUGGCUAUUAUGGUCGUACUAGUGAUGCUGAACUUGCCAUGUACUUUAUCGAGAAUGCUGUUUCCCUCCAGAAAAUCGUUAUAGAUCCACGCAACCAAAUUUUGGACCGAACUCCUGUAAGGAUUGCUCAAAUGAAAAAGGAGGAAUCUGCUCGGAAACGUGCCAAACAGCAGCUUGAACCAAAAAAGCCUCCAGGAGUACAGUUAAUUAUUCUUUAACAGUAUGGUUCAUGCAACUCCUCUGGGAUUUAGAAUUGCAUAUAUGGUUCAUUAUGCUCUCUAUAUACCUAUACAUAUUCUAUAUACUUAAUUUCAAUUUCUAGGAUUUGUUGUUGGCAUUCCAUAGCUGCUAUUUGUUUAAUUUACUUCUAGUAUGGAGUUCAUACUGAUCUGUCUACUGCAAAGUUUUGCAGAUUACUUGUGUCGAAUUUGGACAGUACAAUUUUGUUUUAAUGUAUACUUUGUAUUUCAGAUUUCUGGCCUAUUACUGUAGCAGGCCUUUGCCCACAGUAAGUUUGAUAAACACUUUCCAUUGCUGACGUGGCAAGAGAACCUUACUUAUGGCUCUCUGAGUUGGUGGGAGAUCAAUUUCAAUUACUGCAGUUAGAACUAUUGCAUAUUUGAAAUGAAGGAAAAACAUUCUAUUGUGU